AUGCCGCUCUCCUCAAUUUGCCAGUCUAUUCUGACUCUUAUGGAAGGUAUCCCACCUGUUCCACCGCAAGGUGUACCAACAUUGGUUCAGAGGUCUUUUGAGAUCUCUUUCUGCACUGGUGGUUCCUGCUCUGAUGUUCACUUGCCCAUGUACACUCUCAUGCUCCCUGUAGCUGCCACCACUACCUCUGCUACAGUACUAAAAGGUGCUCGGGGCACCAAAGAAGCGCAUGAAAACUUCAUGAAACAUUAUAAAAAAAUAUUUCAGAAAGAAAAGAAGAUCUUGCCUUACCCCCCAACAACCCCAGUCAAAUUAGCAUCCUUCGUAGAUCCUGGAGUUGGUCCUAUGAAUGAUAACAUUCAUGAUAUUGGCUUUUAUGUUAGAGACAUUCAUUGCCAAACAUCUGCAGAGCUUGCACACCAAUUCAAGGACAAGGUGGAAGAAUUCAUUACUGUCUUGAAGAAAUUCCCCAUUCACAGGACUCAUGCAGAAUGUCGCUUUGUAUAUAAGAUGAUGAAAACCAUGCCUGAUUUAUCUUCUCAGUUGACACGUGACGACUUCAAGGCACUUAGUCGAAAUAUCACUUCUGAAACCUGGUUGAAAGGCACCACGGUAGUUGCAAAUGAAGGUUUUUAUAUCAUAUUGAAAGGUUUUGUCCGACCACGGAGCAAAGUAUACAAAAAAAUGAUUGAAUUAGUGCCUACAGAUUUUUUAAGUGAGCAAUCCUCAGAAUAUUUGUCUGAAGAAGAACUUUUCCAGGAGAGUCCACUUGCAGAAUAUCAUUCUCUUAUGUAUCCACACUACAUAAUACUUGGUCCCUGGAAUGGCUUUGGCACACUGAUAGAGUUGCCUGAACCUAAGUUGAGUUCAAACUUGUACUCUCUUAUCAUGGAAGAGGAUUGUGAACUUCUUAAAAUCAAUGCAAAGGAGUAUGCCAAGAUUAAAGAGAAACAAGCUAAAAUGGAAAAGCUUACAAGGGAGCAGCUAAUCCAUAAGUGCCCCUAUUAUCGAAAUUGGCCUAAGCUUUCUGUAGAGGAGUUAACUGUCCACAUUAAAUGGAGGCGAUACCCUCCAGGACAUGUAUUGGUGACAGAUGGAGAGAUCAUCUCAUUUGUGGCUUACAUUCAAUCUGGAUUUUGUAAAGUUUAUAGAGAAGUUAUUGGGUUUAUGAAAUGUCAACUUAGAAAAAUGAAAAAAAAGCGCAGGCGUGUUUUUAUGGGGAAACUUCAGGAGAAGGAAUCCUUUGGUGAGAUCAGCGUGCUUCUUCAAAUACCUUUCACAUGCACAAUCAUUACUGGAUCCGAAGUUGAACUGGGAAUCAUCAAUGCUGAGGAUAUGCUAGAAUUAGACUGGGUGACCCGGAAACUGGUGCUUCAAACAGCUGAGCAAACUUUUGGCUAUCUCACAGAUCUAUUUGUUACUAGCAGCACCUCUAACAUUUUUCAGAACUUGGCUCACACUAGAUUUUUCUGCAAGACUGAGAUGAUGAUGAUAAUGAUGACGAUGACAACGACAGCAAUGGUGUUGGUGGUAAUGACAAUAAGUAUUCAUAUGCAUACAGCACUUUGUGGUUUAAAAACGCUUUCCACCCAACAGUUUGGUUGGAAAUAG